AUGCUCUCUCUUGUGGCGUUCUCGUUCAUUUUGCUAGUGUCCUGGGGUGCUGGCGUAGUCCGUGCACAUGCUUCGAUCUGGCAUCCAAGCAUGUACGGAUUCAAUGUCACCGACCAAACGUUCCCCUAUGACAAUCGGCCAGUCGCGCCUCUCACGAACUACACCUUCAAUCAAUGGUGGUUCCACGGUCACCUCGACUAUCCUCCUCACCCGGGCGACUUCUUCGAGCUGCCGGCGGGUCAAAUCGCGACCACAGAAAUCGGGUGCAACAAAGGCGCCACGACUUGGUUUAACUCCUCCGAGGGCGGCGAUAUCCGCCAAGGAGACAACGUAUGCCCGAACAGCCCUACCGCAGAGUACCACACCACUGGAUUUAGCGACCUCAAGGGAUGCGCUCUGGCAAUCGCAUAUGAGUCGGACGUCACGAAGAUCCAGCCGGAGGACUUCACCGUGUUCAGCGUGAACCAAACUUGCGUCUGGACACGCUUCACCGACUUCGCAGUGCCGGCCAGAAUGCCGCCGUGUCCUGAGGGUGGCUGUCAUUGCGCAUGGUUCUGGAUACACUCGCCGGACAGCGGAGGCGAGCAAAACUACAUGACCGGUUUCAAAUGCAAUGUGACAGGCUCAACCUCGACGGUCCCGUUGGCCAAGCCACAGCUUCCACGCCGCUGUGGCGCGGACCCAGACUUCGGUAAGCCCGACGCCGCCCCAGGCAACUGCACGUACGGCGCAAAACAGCCCUUCUACUGGUUCCAGGCGGAACGGAACAACAUGUUCGAGGGCACAUAUGCACCACCCUUCUAUACGGACCUGUACAACUUCAAGGGCGGCGCACAGGACGACAUCUUCAUCGACUCGUACGCGGACAUCCCGCCCCCAAGCCCGAACUCGACCGUGGUCCCGACCCUCCAGCAACCCCAAGCUACAGGCUCGUCCGGCUCCACUUCCGCGGUCCCUGCGCCGACACAACCGGCAGACCAGAUACCCUUCGGCACGCCUCCCGGGCGCUGCUCGUCUUGGUGA